GCCGGGCAACGCGUUGCUAUGGCGGCCCCGCGGAGCACUGUGGGCAGCCGGGCGGUCAUGGAGCUGGCGGGGCGGAGAGGCGGGCUGUUCCGCUGGCGGCGCCUGGCCGCUCUGACCGGCCCGCAGUCCCACUAACGCUUUAUAUCAACUCUUAGAUAUGUCUGCCUUAUCUUUAAUUUAAAGAGCCUGGAGCUAGCUUCUGAGUAUGCCGUGUCUGCUGCUUUUUGCCUUAAAAAGCCGAGGUAUCCACGAGGGUUCUGUGAUCCUGCAGCGAGGCUGGAUGCUGUGGAACAGCUGCAAGAGUGCGAUGAGGCCUGUAUGGAAGCCCGAGAGCUGCUCAGUAACUGGGCUAAGUCCAAACUGCAACUGCAGCUGACAAGCGAUGGAGAAGUGGAAGCUGGAUCUGUCUUGGAAAAUCCUACAGCCCUUUUGAAGUAUAAGCAGUUUGACGACUUGUACAGCUAUCUGAAACAUGAAUUGGAAAGUUCUUCUGUCCAAGAGUACCUGCAGCAUCUUUUGCAGAAUGAAGCUGUGAACUGUAGGAUAGUGGAAAACCUUAGACUUGAAGACACCGAGGGAGAACAAAAACCUGCAGAUCCACGAAUAACCAUGGAGCUCAGACACAAGCAGGUAAAAGAAAAUCGACUGAGGCAUCAGAAGGCAUUAGAGUUUCAGAGACAAGAAAAGGCUCUGAGGAAAGCCAUUCUGUCUGAGGCCAAGCUUCAAAUACAGGAGGAGGACAGAAGGAAGGCCCUGAAGGCAAAAAAGGAGGAUGAGGAGAUCCAGAGAGAAAUGGUGAAGCUACGAAAGGAAAUGGCUGAGAAGAGGCAAACUAUGGCAGAAGCAUGGAGAAUGAAACAGAAAAGGCAAGAAAAAAGCCAGAAACUGUCAAUACAGGAGGGAUCUAUUAAUGUGUCACCACCCAUGGACCUGAAGGAAGAAGAGCAAGGAGAGGAGAACCAGAGGAGGGUUCAGGAGCUACUCAGCAGAAUUCACACCGAUAAACAGAGAUGCAUGCAGCGACAUUUCUCUGCUUGGUUCAGACUCAUUCUGGAGCACAGAAUUGAAAUGGAGAAAGCCAGAGUUCUUGCAGACUGGAAAUGCCAACAGAAGGUCCUGCGAGCAUGGAGAAACUACACGUGGGCCCAGAAGGUAGAGCAGGAGACACAGCGAUUAGAAGUUCAUCUUCAAGAUCAAAACAGGAAAAACCAACUGUCGGCAGAGCAUAACCAGCGGCGGCUCUUGCGUUGCUGCUUUCUGGCAUGGCAACACUGGAGCCAAGCAGAGUUACCUCACAGUCAAAAGCAGCAGCUCAAGAGAGAGGAGACGAAAAGGAAGAUGGCAAAGCUGCUGGAGGCAGUGUCACUGGGGAAGAAUGGCUUGAACAGGACACUGGAGGUUAGCAAGUCUGAGACAGCGAAAGUAAACCAGCAUCAAGUUUUGCAGCAAGACGAGCCGACCAAAACAUGCCUCAUACAGGAAGAACCUGGCCAGACCAGAGACCGCUCUUAUGGGGAUGCUGCUCACAUAUCUCAUUCUUAUAGAAAACCUGAGUUUGACUGGCAGAUCACCCUAAAACAUGAAGCCCUGAGUGCCCAGGACCAGGUAAUGUACAGGAAUGAAAUAGCUGGUCUUCCCAAGCAGUUUCAGGCACCCAGCCCGAAGACAGCUCCUGCUUAUGGUAGCUGUUUUGAGCACCAUCACGCCUUCCAGGAACAUCUGACUGAGGAGCAGAAGCAGCAGCUUCAGAAACAGCAAGAGCUGAUCCUUGAACUGCAAGAAAAUCAGAGGCUGAGCAGAGCAAAAGAAGAGGCAGUGCAAGCCACAGCUGCAGCCCAGGCACUUGAUUCAGCUUCACAAACCAGGGAGAAAAAAAUGAAUAGCAGAAAACAAUCCAGAUGCCAGAAUGCAACCCCCUUGAGUCUACCUGUUUCUCAGGAGCCAGAGAACACAAAGGCAGCGACACCAGGCAAGAGGCCCUCCAGCCAGCCAACCUCAGCUCAUCCCAUAGUGAAAGCUAUGGAGGAGAGAGCAAUUCAGCGGGCAGAACGGAGGAGGAAACUAGAAGAAGCGAAACGACAAAGAGAAGAGGAAAGACUGGCCCAGCUGAAGGCUGAAGAGGAAGCAUGUCAGAGGAAGGUGGCUGAGGAAAAGAAAGCUCAGCAAGAACAAAGACGAGAGGAGAAGAGGCAGCAGAAGCUGAGAGAGCUGGAGAAGCAGAGAAGGCUGGAGAAAGAGCAGCAGCUCCAGAAAAAAGCCAGAGAUCACUAUGAGAAGGCCCUACUGAGAAAACUGGGAAUGGUGCCAUGGAAGAAGCUAAGGGAGCAGGCCAAGGAAAACCUGAUGGUGGCCCAAAGGCACCACUGCUUGAGUCUGCAGAGGAAAUGCCUGAUGAGCUGGUUCCAGCACACCCAAGAGAGACUCCUGGAGAAAGUGUCUCAGGCUGAGGACUUCUUCUCCCACAUGUUGAUCAGAUGGUGCUUCAGGAACUGGCUAAAGUACAGAGAUUACCUCUUGGCUCUGGAGGAGAAAGCAAGUACUCUCCAUGCAGUCUGCCUCAAGAGGAAGUGUUUUGGGGCAUGGUUUGAUCUGAUCAUGGAGGAAAAACGCACCUUAAGGGAGAAGCUGAAGAUUGCUACUGAACACUGGAACAAGAGACUCGUGCUUGAUGCAUUCAAGGCUUGGAGGCAGUACCCACUACUAAUGAAAAAGGAAAGAGAGAGAGAGGAAAGGAGGAACCAGCUACGAAGGAGAGUAGCAGAAAUUCUUCCUGACUUCCAAACGUGGCAGAAUGAACCGAAAGGAGACUAGGAAAACAGACAAAAGGUCUCAUUCUAUUCAGCGUUAUCUUUCUUCCAGGUGAAACAAAUUCAAGAUGUGAAGCCCUGUUCAGUGCAAAUGGUAGUCUUACAGCCAGAGCAAAUUCCCUGGGGCUACUGCUGGUCAGAACAAACCAGGUGGUACAUGGAACCCAGUUUGAUGAUUUUACUUUUUGGACGUGGGGGAGAGUUCUUCCCCAUGACAUCCUCCAAGCAUGAAUUCUCCAUAGGGAUUUAUGGGCUGCUAGCAGUAAGGCCUACAGAACCACAGGGUUUCAAGCCAAAACCAUUUCCACACACAAAAGCUGCAGUCCUGACAUGAAUCCACCCCCACCUCAGGAAGCACAGAACUGAAAUGUACCUAUUAAGCAGAAACCUGGUGCUUUCCUGUUGCCAGUACUUCAGAGAAUGACAAAUUGACCAGAGUGCAUAGACUUGACUGUCAGCUGAUUCCUGCUAACCACUGCUGUGAACUUGGCCACACAAAGAACAGAUUUCAGCUAAUUGUGCCAGGGAAGUUUGGAUGGGAGGAGGUGAAGAGAGAGCUGUUUAUGCAAAUCCUAUUUACUAACAGACUGGGUCACAGCAUCACAUAUGGAUAAUCUAAAACCUGUCUAGUUUGUGGUGCUGUCCAGUUCAGAGGUGUGGUGCUUUGAUUUUGGUGACAAAUGGUUAUUCCAGGUUUAUGAACCUCUUACUGUAGAAUGGCUUAGGUUAGUGGGGAUCUUGAAGAUCAUCCCGUUCUAACCCCCUGCCAACCAUCAGAUCUGUCUGCCCAGGAUCCUAGCCAACCUGCCCUUGAAUGCCUCCAGAGAUGGGGCAUCCACAACCUCUCUGGGCAGCCCAUGCCAGUACUUUAUCACCCUCUGAGUAACAAAAUAUAUAUAUAUUUUCCUACCAUCUAACAUAAAUCUACCCUGUUUUAGUUUAAAGCCAUUACCCCUUGUCCUGUCACUACCAGUGUGUGUAGAAGCUCCCUCCAGCUUCUAAGCACCCUUCAAGUACUGGAAGACCACAAUGAGGUCUCCCCAGAGCCUUCUCUAGUCCAAGCUAAACAAGCCCAACUCCCUCAACCUUUUCUCACAGUAGCGGUGCACCAGCCAAUUGAUUAUCUCCAAAAUAACCUGGCAAUACAGAAAAUACCAGGGCAAUGUAAGUAAGAGGGCAGUCUACUGUUACCUAUUGUACUGGAUAAUUUCUUUUUAAUCCUGUACAUGCAUUGAACGUUUUCAAUAAACCCAAAUCUGAAAUGAG